AUGUCUUAUGAAAGAAGCCGUAGAAACUUGUCUCCAGUAGCAUAUAUUCUAGAUACGACAUCAAAUUCAAGUUCACAACUUUCUGAAGGGGGUGAUCAGAACACGCUUUCUUCGUCUUCAAGCUCUCCGUCAUUGACGGCAGCACUUCGUAAUUUCGAGAUAAGCAGCAGUAAUUUCGACACAGACAGCAGUGCAGUAAGAGAGCAUUCAAGAGAUGUUUUCGGUUAUAGUCAGGGUGAUUCAUCUACGCAUAUGGAAUCUUACAUGGAAUAUUUGGCAUUGCUAAAUCAUCGCCAUGCACAAGAACCGAUGGAUGAAAGCAGUGGUACAGGAGGUUCGAAUGCCGAUGUAGCUAGUAACGAAUCGUUAUCGUUAUUGACGAAUACCACUAAUUCUUUAUCAUUUGGCAUAAUAUCAUCAAUAAACGAUGAAAACGGCGACCGUAAUGGUGAUGGCAUUAAUCGCGUAAAUGAGUCAGAGAACAAUAAUGACAUCACUAGCGGCUCAUCAACUCAAGUGAACGAAUUCAAUGAUGUUGAGUUAGCACUGAUCCGAGAUUUGUACUCUCCGUCAUCGAGUGAUCCAGCUAGCAAUAACGAGCGAAGGGAAAGUGCGCAGAGUGAAGGUUUUGCGAACAAUAUGUAUGAAACACCGCGAAGCAGAAACUGUCGUGUGCCACAUCUGAUGCGACGCGGUCAAAAUAAUAGUUAUUUGCAGGAAUCGAAUUCUGCUGAGGGGAAUAGUGGCAUUUUCUAUAACCGUACUCGUCAUGAUCCAUCUUCAUCCGUGAGGUUUCGCCCACAGCCGUUGAAACUACCCACAUCAACUCGUUUGAAAAUCACAGUGCUCAAGUGGAAUGUUGCUGCAUCGUGGAAAUGGAUGGCCGGUGAUGAAACCUGUGGAAUUUGUCGAAUGCCAUUUGAGGCAUGCUGCAUUGAAUGUAAAACACCUGGUGAUGAAUGUCCUUUAGCGCUAGGGACAUGUAAGCAUGCGUUUCAUAUGCACUGCAUUGUGAAAUGGACUGAAACUCAAAAUGCAGCUCGACCACAAUGUCCUUUAUGUAGGCAGGAAUGGAAAUUUGCAUCUGGAUAA